AUGAAGGGCAUGUUCGUGGCGUGCUCGGCUGGUAACGACGGCUCCGACGGAUACACCAUCAUGAACGGCCCGCCCUGGAUCACGACCGUCGGCGCCGCGAGCGUCGACAGGGACUUCACCGCGACCGUCGCGCUCGGCAGCGGGGCGAUCGUCCGAGUCGGUGUACCGGCUGAGCACGCCGAUCGUCAGCGCGAACCUCUACUACGGCCACGGCAACAGGAGCAAGCAAACGUGCGAGUACUCCAGCCUGAGAAGCAAGGACGUGAGAGGGAAUAA